AUGAGAUUCCUACUCAUCUCUCCUGCGAGGCUGCAGACCGCGGCGACCUACGGCAAGGCGUUCUCCUACUGUCUCCCGCCGACCACGAGCUCGUCGGGCUUCCUCACGCUCGGGGCGUCCACGUCGUCGGGGUUCGCGACGACCGGGAUGCUGAGGAGCCAGCAGGCCCGGACCUUCUACGGCGCGCUCCUGCAGGGCAUCAGCGUGGGCGGGAAGCAGGUCGGCGUGGCGCCCUCGGUGUUCUCCGCCGGGUCGGUGAUGGACUCCGGCACCAUCAUCACACGGCUGCCGCCAACGGCGUACAAGGCAUUCUCGUCGGCGUUCAAGGAAGGCAUGAAGCAGUACCAGCCGGCGACGGCCAGGAGCAUCCUGGACACGUGCUUCGACUUCAGUGGCCAGGACAACUUCACGAUACCGUCAGUGUCGCUGGUGUUCGACGGCGGCGCGGUGGUGGACCUGGAUGCGAACGGGAUCAUAUAUGGCAGCUGCCUUGCGUUCACGGUCACUGACGACGAAGGCACCACCGGCAUCAUCAGCAACGUGCAGCAGAGGACGCUGGAGGUGCUGUACGACGUUGGAAAGAGCGUCUUGGGCUUCCGUGCCAACGCGUGUUGAUCAGCGG